UAUAAUGAGUAUGCUAGAAGUCAGAUAAUCUGACAAUACAUCAUACUUUAAAUAGAUUUCGAACUUCUUUUAAAAUUAAACUUAAAUUAAAAUAUUUUUAAAGCAUUGCUGCGUGCUGUACUUAGUUUGUAAAAUAAAUUAAAAAUAAUUACGCUAAAGAUACCGUUGUUAUGUUUAAAAACAUAAUCCAUCUGUUCUCAGCAUCGUCUCCCAAAUGAUUGCAGUUUCAGUUGCACGUGUUCUCAAAUUGUACCGCCAUAAACUUUAUGGCGCGGCUCAUUGUGUUCUUAGUUUUAGUUAUUGCCAUAGAAACAUAAACAAAGCAUUGUGCCUUAUAGAUGAUAGAGACGGUUCUAAUAGUUAUUUAAACAAGUUAGACAGGGACAACGUUAAGCCCACGUGAGGUACGUCAACAAUAGAUUACAAAAAAGCGAACCUACCUGGAAGGUAAAGGCGCUCGAAUAUCCCGCCCCCGCACCAUUGCCUCAGCAGUCUCGAGCCAGUCUCAUAGAAAGCCUUCGUGCAGACGAUCGUAUCGACCCCGUACAACUUUAUAAUUAUUGUUAAGUGCUUAAUCAAAUAAUGUGAUUAAUUAACGGAGAUUAUUAAAAGUGACUGAGUGGUUUUAUAUCUCGGAUUGUGACGCAAUUCGGCAGUUGUUCGAAAGCUUCCCGUUUCAACCACCUGCCGCUCUACCUGUCCGCAGCCGGUGUCUUCCCGCCGAAAAUACAUACAUAUUCACAAAUUUCUUAUUAAGCCUAUCUAUAUAUUUAAAUAUAGAAAAUAGUUGAACGUAACUUAGAAGCGGAGUAGAAUUCUAAUCUUUUCUUAGGUGUACGUGUUUCGUUUACUUAUUGCCUUAUACGAAGUUGUUUGCGGACACAACGAUUGAUAGAGAUAUGUAUAUUUAGCGCGCGGCCAUUGUCUUCGAUCACGACUGCUAUGGAGAUUGAAUCUAAAUGAACCAUCGAAUUCAAUUAAUUCGCCAGGCUAACAACAGUGUGCGUACUUAGUGCAAGCGAUGCGGACUAGUCAGUGAAAUGAUCAAGUUUCGUUAUAAGCGUAAAGAAUCAAACGAUGGAGGUAAAGGUGGCACGGCGAUACAAAAGCAGAAGAUCGAAGGUCUGAAGGACAGGGAGUUGUUGCCCCCGAAGGAUUUAAUAGGCGGGUCUCUAGCAGGUGUGCGACACAAUACUCUACCGCGGUCUCGGCCGCCUUCCGCUGCUAGACGAGACCCGCCUGAAACACUUCUUAGUCAAACUACAUUGUCGCUCUUCAGAGAGCUUUUUGCACAACUACAAUGGUCGACGGAACGGGCGCCGGCUGCCGAUGGUCUUCGCAAGGCUCUUGGGGGUGGAGGAGCUCGAUUCCAACUGGGGUGCAUGGCCGACGCCAGCGAAUGUUUCGAGCAUCUUCUGCUAAGAGUCCAUGCUCAUGUUGCGGCCGGCACGGGUGAUAAGAGAGAUGAUGACGCCUGCAGAGCUCCACACUGUGUGCCACACAGAAAAUUUGCCAUGAUGCUUGUGGAACAGUCUGUGUGUGGUGCAUGUCAAGCUACGUCGGAACCUCUGCCUUUUACCCAGAUGGUCCACUACGUAUCUGCAACCGCAUUAACAGCGCAAGCUGCUCUCGGAGAGCAUGGCGAUAGCUUCGGUUUACUUCUAAGAAAGGCUGGAGGCAUGGGCGACAUACGAGAUUGUCCCAAUGCUUGCGGAGCCAAGAUUCAAAUUUGCCGAACCUUAAUGAAUCGUCCCGAAGUUGUUUCAAUCGGGAUGGUAUGGGACUCCGACAGACCAUCGGCUGAGCAUGUUGCAGCUGUGUAUGCAGCUUUGGGUACUGAAUUACGACCGACAGACGCAUUUCACGCUUGCGUUGACCGUGCCUGGGCCGCCCGCGCUACGCAUCGUCUCGUCGGACUGGUCACUUAUUACGGAAAACACUAUUCAACCUUCUUUUUCCAUAGUAAAUUACAACUAUGGAUUUACUUCGACGAUGCCGAUGUAAAAGAAAUAGGACCUGAAUGGUCUCAAGUAGUUGAAAAGUGUAGAAGAGGAAGAUUUCAACCCCUUCUGCUUUUAUAUGCUGCAGUUGACGGAACACCUUGUGAUACACGACAUGCGCCGAAAGAUGUAGUACCAUUUCCUGCACCUGAACCACGUAGAGCGGUCACUCCCGCUCCAGAAAGACCAGUAGCGGGCUAUGCCAGAAGGGCCGUUACUCCUGGUCCUGACAAUGAUAGCGAUUAUGUAAGUAGAAAAAGUGUCGAAAACAUGUUAGAAGUUCAAGCUAGUCGACGAGCUCAAUUAGCAAGGAGCUUAAGCACAAACUCCACGUCAGAUAGUCAAGAACCUCGACCCCGAGCGCGCAGAGAUUCUGGAAAUUGGAGUGGUGACAGGAACAGUGCGUCUUCAGCUUCUUCAUCUACAGUCGAAAGUCCAUAUAUGUACGCAAGAGGAAGAGGACCAGGGAGUAUUCCAAGUAGUCCUACUCGAAAAGGAGAGUUAUCGAGUGGAGGGUCGUGUGAUGCUGGCUAUGACUCCUAUUCAUUAUCGUCUACCGACAGCUUACCCCUUCAGCAAGGCUUACGCCAUAAUCUGCAAUUAGCUCAAAUUCCUGAACUGACUACUAGAGGUGAUUGCGAAGCACUAUGCUUAGAAGCUGAUAGAUUAUUAGAAAAAUCUCGUCACGCUGAAGAUGAUGCAGAUUAUGAAACAGCGCUUGUGUUGUGUGACGCGGCAGCUGCUAAAGCCCGUGCUGCAAUGGAUGCACCUUAUAAUAAUCAACACACUAUGACUUUCGCUCGAAUGAAACACAAUACUUGUGUAAUGCGAGCUCGUAGCUUGCAACGUAGAAUAGCUGGAAUGAAUAGAGUGACUGAAAUCCCACAAUCUGCUCCAAUAAGAAAUACCAAAGGUGGCCUUGAGAGUUCGGCAACUACUAUAGAAAUUUAUGCUACGUUGCCUAAAAAGAAAGGAUCAUCAAAAAAAUCUCCUAAACACGUGGAAGAAGAUAUUGAUAAUCCGCCAAGAGAGCGUCCACCAAGACAUAAAUCUCGAGAAGACGAAAAAGGCAGAGACAAACGUUCAAGAAGUGAGGACCGUGGUCGUGUGAGAAAAGAAAUAUCGGUAGCUCCAGAGAAAAAAGAAGAGCCCGUGGAAGAUAAAAAAUCAAAUAAAAAACAGCAUAAAAUUCGUAGAAAGUUGUUAAUGGGAGGAUUAAUAAGAAGAAAGAACCGUUCUAUGCCAGACUUGACUGAAGGGGCUGACGCCAAUACUGAAUCGAAAAACAAGGAAACACGUGUUUCUUCAGUAGAUGACGCCGACGUAGGAAGAAGAAAGAAAGAUGAAAAGCCAAAUUUAAGUGGCUAUUUAUCUGAGGGUCAUUUGGAAUACUCUGCAGCUAGUGGAACAAACCCUAAUUUAGAGCGAAGUAAAUUAAUGCGGAAAAGUUUUCAUGGAAGCGCUGGAAAAAUGCUAACUGCGGCUAAAGUACCUCCACCUCCGCCGCUGCGAACGACUUCUCAGCUUAGCGGGCCUAAGUUCGAACCAGAAGUAUUAGAGCACGGUAUUCAAACAAGGCCACAACAGCCCUUACCGCCUGCUACUCAUGGCGAGUACGUCUAUACACAUGACAAUGAAGAGGAUGGUGGAUUCUCGGAACAAUAUGGUGAUGAGCCUCAAUCGUUACCGUUUUUGCCUUCCUAUGAUGGAAACCCAAUGAAUCAAUAUAAUAAUAAUAGACUAGAUGACUCGCCAAACACUUCUCAAAAUUUUCAUACAGUUGUUACUAAGGCCAUGAUACAUCAAGAACAAAGUCCAAUUAAAAGAGAUGCGCUACCAAAUAUACUACCUACGCAUAACAAUAUUCAGAAUCUAUCCAAUGUAUUCGAUAAUGGUAUUGAUGUUGUCGACUGUGUGAUGCCAAUGAGAAGAUCUCCACAAAUGUUUGAAUUGCCACCUUAUCCAAGUCCAAUGAAUUCAGUUAACCAUUCAAGACAGCCUAGUGAAGAAUUUCCUCCGCCACCUUCACCAUCUGACUUAAGGUCACUUGAGGAUAAAUUAAUGAAAAUGGCAAUACACAAAAUGGUUUCUGAUAACUAUUCUGGGCCAGAUGACAAUGAAAUUAAUACAUCAAAAGGUUCUUUAUUAGCACAAUUACAAGAGAAAAGAAAUGAGAUACUCAGAAACGAAGAUGGCUCCACAAAAUUAAAUCAGUUGGAAACUAUUGGGACUUCCGGGGAUAAUUGGCUACGAGAACUGCAAGCUAAACAAGCUGCACUUAAACUUAAAAGAUCUGGUUCGCUAGAUUGCCAACUUACAAAUACUAACGAAAACAUUUCUCAAGUGUCUGAAAAUAGUAAUAGUAUUAGAGAUAUUGCUUCUAGAUUUGAAAAGAAUGCACAAAAUAUAACCAAUGAAAGUGAACGCUCUAAUGUUUCAUAUAAAGGUAUAAAUGGUAGCCGUGACAUAAUAAACUGUUCUAAUCAGUCUAACAGCAGAGUAUAUAAUCGACGCACGUCUUCUUCUUCGUUAGAUCCUAAACAAAUUGAAGAUCAAUAUGACGAUUCAAAGAUGGUUAAUACUACUAUUUAUGGCGAUCGCACUAAACCGAAGAAAAAAUCCGUAUCGUUUUGCGAUCAAGUCAUAUUAGUUGCAACAGCAGAAGAUCAAGAAGAUGACAGUUACAUACCUAACCCAAUUUUAGAAAGAGUUUUAAAAUCAGCGAUGAACAGAACAGAACUUAUUACUGUACCACUGCAAACCGAUAAGCCAUCUCUUCAAAGAACUGAGUCUUUUGACAGCCAGUCCUCAAGAUCUACAAUUUCCAUUUCGGCGUCAUCACAAACAUCAUAUCCUCCUAAUGAUGGUGUACAUGCAGAUUACUAUAGAGUGCAGAAUCCUUACCCAUUUUAUCAAAUUGCUCAGACACGGCCUCAACAUCAAUAUAAUCCACAAAAAAGCACUUGUUUACAUGGUAGCAAUUCACCAGUACUCACAAAUUCUAACUCUAGUCCGCAAAACAGCAGUCAGAUAUAUCAAGCAUUACCGGCCAAUUCUGCACAGAGUGACAACAAUCAAAUACCGUAUACUCAACCUCCAUCGGUAUACAACAAUCAAAACAACACAAGCCCACAAAACCCUAACCAAACUCCUGCUAACAGACUGACUCCUACGCCGCAUAAUGGUACUUAUAUGUCAAAACAUGUUCCAAGCCUUCAAAGAUCAGUACCGAAUACUUAUCCUCAUCCACCAAGUCAGCUACAUCAAAUCAAUCAAGGUCAAAAUAAUACACACAACAACAAUUACUAUCAUAGAUUGCCACUGCUUCCUGCAGCUCUUCCAGUAUCUGCUUAUUCAACAAAUCGUCAAUACAACAAAAAUGCACAAAAUAACAAUAGUAAUUCGCCUUACCAAAGUGUUCCCACCAAUUCACCAGCUUAUCAGAGCUACCACAACCCACCGACAAGUUACGCUAACUCUGAUUAUUCUAGUCGAUACUCCCAAGUGAAUAAUGCAAAUCACUAUAACAACAAUCAUCCUUCCUACCAAAGGGUUCCACCUCCACAUGGUGACGUAUCCGUCGAUAACUAUAAUGGAAAUUACCAGAAAAUGCCUAAUAACUGUUAUGUUGACAAUAAUGCAAACAACCAAAACCGUCUACCAGAUGGUAGACACUACGCAAAUUCUCAACAACGCGCUCCUUCGUAUAACCCAACUACCACUUCGGACAGUAUUGCUAAUAAUGAGCAAUAUCCAUACUCUCAAACAGGUUUUAAUCCUUAUCAACAUCUGCCGAAGCAAAUUCAAAAGAAAUCUGUAUCUUUCGAGCCGGGGACAAAGGGUGGAACAGAAUCUCCCAUACCAGCAGCUCCGAUGAACGGAAAUUACCCAAAUGAAAACCAAACAUCCGUUUCGACGACUUCACAAAAAAUGCCAUGUAAUUUAUGUCGAAAGAAAACAGUUAAUCAUCCUGCCAGCUAUUGUCCUGAUUGCGACUUUUACAUGUCAAGGUUCAAACCCUCCUUAUAGCAAAAUUAUGUGUCCUUAAUAUCUACAUAAAAUUUCCUACAAGUUAUAUUCAGACGAUUAAAAAUAAAAUUACUGUAGGUAUUAUAAAUAGUGUAAAUUAUAUAAUUAUAAUAUUUUAAGGUAAGACUGAUCUCAUUUGAGAAUAAAGUGGCUUAUAUUAUUACUCACGAUUAAAUUUAGUUUUUGCCUACCUAUGUAAAACGAUACUUAAUUAUAAAGAUUAUAGUUAGCUAAGGAUUUUUUUAUAUUUGACAUGUUAAAUAC